AUGGCUUCUGCCUCUUCUCAACCUGUUAGGUCUAUUAGUUUACCUGCUAGAAAUCACCCAACGACUCUUAAAAUCGAAGAAACUAUUAGUAAGUUGAAAUCUCGAGGUUCUUGUUGUUCAUCAGGAGCCGAGGGGAUUCAGCUCGGUCUCCUUAACCUUGUAGAGUUAUAUGCUCACGUACAAGAUUUGAUCCCAUCUUUUUCGACCCAACAAGGGAAAUUGGUUGAAGAAGCCUUAGAAAGCUCGGUGUUGGUGCUUGAUAUGUGUAGUAAGGCUAGAGACGUAAUCUUAGGGUUCAAGCAGCAGGUUUGUGACUUACAAUCUGCGCUACGAAGAAAAGGGUAUUCGAGCUUCGAGAAGGAAAUAAGUAUGUACACGAGUUUUAGGAAGAAGUUAGCAAAAGAUGUCGGUAAAUGUCUAAAGGUGUUAAAACAAGCCGAGGGAAAAUUUGGAGUUACUGCUCCUCUGCUUAAUGGUAUUGAACCUUCUAUGGUGAAUUUGGUUAGACUUUUUAGAGAAGUUUAUAGCAUAACCGUGGUUGUUUUUAGGUCGCUUUUUACGUUUUUGUCUACUUCAACAAAGGCGAGUGGAUGGUCAUUGAUCUCGAGACUUGUCACCAAAAAUUCAGGGGCGGGUUUAAAGGAAACGAGGAUCCUUAAUGAGGUUUCUCGUGUAGAUUUAGCCCUUAAUGAUCAUACAAAAGUCGAUGUGAUGAUGGUACGAGACAGUAUUCGUGCUCUUGAUGCUAGCCUUCAAAUUCAAGAGGGGGAACUUGGGUGUCUUUAUAGAUGUUUACUGCAAAAUAGAGUAUCACUUUUGAAUAUCCUUACUCAAUGA